AUGGGGAACGAAAUCCAUCCCUUAUGGCGCCUGCGCUUAGCCGCUGCUCUCCGGACUGCCUUCGCCUGCACCAUAGUCGGCUGCACCACCUUCUACAGCCCGAAACCUAUCCGCAAUUUCUUAACCUACCCAUCGUUUUCUUACAUGACAACAAUCCUUAUAGUCUCGGACGCAACCCUAGGCCAGACCCUUAUGAGCUGUUGGCAUGUGCUCUACGCUACAUGCCAGGUGAUGGCUUCUUCCGUGCCGGCCCUGUGGCUGAUUGGACCAGCACGGUUCACUAACGAGGUGGCGGCCGGGGCGGUGGCUGUCAGUGUGUUUAUGGUGGCGUUGCCGGGGUCGACGCACUUGAUGACCAAAAGGAUCGCGUUUGGGCAGUUUGUGAAUGUUUACGUCGGUACUGUUGUUCAAGGUGCUGGUACUAAUAUUGUCUUGCACCCAACUGAGGUGGUGGCGAGUACAGCGCUUGGAGCUUUGGCUUCUGUUCUUGCUAUGAUGUUUCCAUAUCCUCGGCUAGCUUACUAUGAGGUUAAGAAAUCAUGGCGACUCUAUGCUGAAAAUGCCUCCAAGAGGUUAAGUCUUUUUGUUGAAGCGAUAUCUGCCGACGACAAUAGAGUAGCACUUGACUCCAUUUCUCAAGGAAAAUCUCUUUCCAAAGCAGCAGCUAAGCUUCUUCAAAGUAUCAAUCAUAAUCUGGAAGGUAUGUUGUGGGAGAGACCAGAUAUCAAAUUUCUAAGACCAAACCAUAGAGACUUGGGACUUAGGUUGCAAGAAAUGGAGAUUCCAAUUAGGGGGAUGGAGAUGGCUUUAUCUUCUUCUUCUUCCUUUCCUCCUGAUAUGAUCGACGAAGGGCUGAGAGAUCAUUUACGUAACUCACAACUACAGAUAAGCCUAAAACUGCAAUCUAAGUACUCCGUGCCUUCUGAGGCAACAACAGUUCCAGAAGGUGAGAGAGAAGUCUUGGACAAGCCCCUUUUAACUAACAAAACCACCACAACAACCCAUCAAGAUCUUCCAGCUUUGUUCUUCUUGUACUGCAUGGAGCUUCUCUUAGGUGACCUCCCUAUUGCUCGGAGUCCCGGGAACAACCCAAAUUGCAAAGGAAAAACAGGUGAUUCACAAACUCAAGCGCAGUGUAUCUGUAAAAGGGUCUGGAGAAGCAUAAGUCCAAGCCUCCCCAAUUUUAUUUUUGCCCUCAAGUGCUCAAUCGCAUUAGGGUUUGCUGUGUUACUUGGUUUGAUUUACAACAAGAGGCAAGGAUACUGGUCAGGCCUCACCAUCGCCAUUAGCUUCGUAACAGGAAGACAAGCGACAUUUACAGUUGCGAAUGCUAGAGCACAAGGAACAGCAUUGGGAUCAGUCUAUGGAAUCAUAUGCUUCUAUCUUUUUCACAGCGUUAGCGAGCUGAGGCUCUUAGCCAUCUUACCUUGGGUUGUCUUCACUCAUUUUCUUAGGCAUAGCAAGAUGUAUGGCCAAGCUGGUGGGAUCUCCGCGGCAAUUGGGGCGUUGCUAAUCUUGGGUAGAGAACAUUAUGGUCAACCAAGUGGCUUUGCAAUUGCAAGACUUGCGGAGGCUUGCAUUGGAUUGAUCUGUUUUACUGUAGUAGAGGUUCUCUUUUAUCCUAUGAGAGCAGCGACCCUAGCCAAAAAUCAAUUUGCGCAAAGCUUGGGGGCACUCAGAGACUGUGUCCAAGACAUAAACCUAUGUGUACCAGCUUCUACUGGACUGAGAGAAAAGCACAAGAAGCUAAAAUCUCAUGUCAAUAAGUUAGAGAACUUCAUUGAGGAAGCUAAAACAGAGCCUAAUUUCUGGUUCUUGCCCUUUGAAGGUGAUUGUUACGGUAGGAUCCUAGAAUCCAUGUCGAAAAUGGCGGAUCUUCUACCCUUUGUGGCACACAAUGCAGACUUCAUCUCACAGAAAUCUGGAGGUGCUUCACUGGAGCUAAAACAACAUUCCAAUACUGAUCUGCAGCAUCUAAAAGAGAAAAUCGGGAAUUCACUAAAGUGCCUUGAGCAGCUGACUUCGAUGAAAUCCGUUGCAGCAUUUGAUACAGAGGCGCAGAGCGUAUACGAUAGCGAAAUGGGCGUAUCACCAAACCCGUUCAUGAUUUUGGGUACAUAUGAUGAUCAUGCUGAGGCUACUGUAAGUACUUUCGUUCAACAUAUCCAAGAAGCAGUUGUCAAAGUACGUAAUGGUGAUGAUGAAGUUAAGGAUGUGACCCAAAUGGUUCUUUGUUUGAGCAGCCUGGCAUUCUGCAUCCGUAGUUUGAGCGAAGAAACGAUGAAGAUCAAGGAAGAAGUAAGAAAACUAGUCAAAUGA